AUGUCUGAAAUCCAGUUGUCAGCUGCUAAAUCGUGGUCACUAAUUUCACCUAUCGGAGAAGAUUAUCUGGUUAUGGACAUGCCAUCACAAGUGAUGCCAUGUUCAUUAUUUGUACCGAUAGUCAAAGGUUCACGACAGUGCGCUGUCUGUCAAUGCAGUCUAAACGAACAUCGCCUGACAGCCAUCUACAUUGAGCCAAGCACAAUCUUCUCAGCUCCGAACACUCCAGCAGUUCAACGGAAGGAAGCCACGUACGUUUGA